CAGCACCAGCUGUAAACGUUAGUACGGUGCUGCUGGAGGAGAGGACAGGGCCGACAUAACAGACACCACAGCGACAGACAGCGGGCACCUGGACGUCGUCAGAAGUUAACUGUCGUUUUGUUGAUACCCUGUGUCCGUGAAAUUUCCUGAACAACAACAGUCAUCAUGGCGGAGGCCCACCAGGCCGUGGCCUUCCAGUUCACCGUCACCCCAGAGGGCAUUGAUGUGCAGCAGCUGUCCCACCAGGCCCUCACUGAGAUCUACCUCUCAGGUGUUCGCUCCUGGAAGAAGCGUAUUAUCGGAAUCAAGAACAGUGUGUUAACAGGGGUGUAUCCUGCCAGUCCUUCCUCCUGGCUUUUUGUGGUCAUAGCAAUCCUGGCUACUAUGUACACGCGCUCCGACCCCUCCAUGGGACUCAUAGCCAAGAUACAGGAGCACCUGCCAGUCAGCCAGUCUAUGAGCACCCAGUGCCAGGCACUGGUGUCAGCAGUUCUCUUCAGCACCAUGCUGUGGCUCCUGCUCAUCUUCACCAUGCGCCUGUGCCUCAAGCAGCUUCUCUCCUACCACGGCUGGAUGUUCGAGAAGCACGGCAAGAUGUCCCACACCACCAAAGUCUGGGUGGCGCUGGUGCGGAUCUUCUCUGGCAGGAAGCCUCUGCUCUACAGCUACCAGGGUUCGUUGCCAAACCUGCCUGUGCCUGCCAUCAAGGACACGGUCAAGAGGCACUUGGAAUCUGUGCGUCCACUGAUGGAUGACUCAGAGUACGAACGUAUGACCAAGCUGGCGGCAGAGUUUGAGAGCGGCGUCGGCAACCGCCUGCAGUGGUACCUCAAGCUCAAAGCUCUCUGGGCCACCAACUACGUAAGUGGCGACUGGUGGGAGGAGUAUGUCUAUCUACGUGGACGGAGCCCAAUAAUGGUCAACAGUAACUAUUAUGGCAUGGACUACAUGUAUGUGACACCCACACCCAUUCAGGCGGCGGCGGCGGGCAACAGCAUCUACGGAUUCUUCCAGUACCGCCGCAAACUCAACAAAGAAGAGCUUCAGCCUACCCGUAUACCAGGCACUGUAGUCCCUCUGUGUUCAGCUCAGUGUGAGAGAACAUUCAACACCACACGCACUCCUGGAGAGGAGGCCGAUAUUGUGCAACAUUGGCAGGACAGUGAUUACAUCGCGGUUUACCACAACGGUCGCUACUUCCGCCUUAAGAUGUAUCACGGCGGUCGACUCCUGUCGCCCAGAGAGAUUGAAUUCCAGAUUCAGAGGAUCCUUGAUGACCCUUCACCUCCUUCCAAAGGAGAGGAAAAACUGGGAGCCCUGACAGCUGGAGACAGAAUCCCAUGGGCAAAAGCCAGGACGAAGUAUUUCUGCAGUGGAGUCAAUAAACGCUCCCUGGACUGCAUUGAGAAAGGCGCCUUCUUUGUGGUCCUGGACGAUGAGGAACAUUGCGUGAAAGGAGAUGACCCGGCAGAUAGUUUAGAUCGUUACGCCAAAUCCUUGUUGCAUGGGAAAUGUUACAACAGGUGGUAUGACAAGUCCUUACAGGUUAUUUUCUACAAGAAUGGAAAAUCAGGCUUCAAUGCAGAGCACUCGUGGGCUGAUGCACCUGUGUUGGCACACUUAUGGCAGGUUCAGCUGUCCAAUGAUGUUUUCCAGCUCGGUUACAACGCCGAGGGUCACUGCAAAGGAGAAGUGGAUUCAUCACUACCACGACCACAGAAGCUGAGCUGGGAAAUCCCACCUGAAUGUGAGGAGCAGAUCUCCCAGUCUCUGGCCGUGGCCCAGGCCCUGGCUGACGAUGUGGACAUGCACGUUUUUCAGUUCCAAGACUUCGGCAAAGGAAAGGUCAAAAAGUGUCGAGUCAGCCCAGAUGCCUUCAUUCAGAUGGCUCUUCAGUUAGCCUACUACAGGGACCAGGGGAGAUUGUGUCUGACGUACGAAGCCUCCAUGACCCGUCUGUUCAAGGAGGGCAGGACUGAGACAGUUCGCUCAUGUACCAAUGAGAGCUCUGCUAUGAUCAGAGCGCUGGAGGGUGGAGAGGCAACAGACGUGUGCAGGCGUUUGUUCCACGAAGCGGCAGAAAAGCACCAGAAUCUGUGCCGCAUGGCUAUGACCGGAGCUGGCAUCGACAGACACCUCUUUUGCCUCUACGUGGUGUCCAAAUACCUCGGAGUGGAGUCUCCUUUCUUGAAAGAGGUGCUGUCUGAGCCCUGGCGGCUGUCCACCAGUCAGUCUCCAAUGCACGUGGAGAUGUUUGACUUAGUCAACUACCCAGAUUACGUGUCCUGUGGAGGAGGCUUUGGACCGGUGGCUGAUGACGGUUACGGGGUUUCCUACAACAUUGUGGGAGAGGAAUUAUUAAAUUUUCACAUCUCAUGCAAGAAAUCGUGUCCAGACACUGGUUCUCGCAAGUUUGGUACUCAGAUCAGAAAAGCCCUGAACGACCUGCUCCGGCUGCUCAGCCCCAACCAAACAGAGCCCAACAAGAGAGAGCAGAAGCAGCCAGAGGUGAAGAAAAACCUGUAGGCGGUUUCUCAGGAGAAAAGGAUGCUGAAGGGAAGCUGUGCAAGCAGAAAUGUUACACAGUGAAAUGAGAAAAGACAGCGUUUUUUUCCUCAUGCAUUGGGAGAAUUUUAUAGCCAGCCAGAUGACACUAAAGGGACAGCUUUAUGGGGAAAUGGAUAAAAAGGAGGCGAUGUUUUUACUGAUAUGCAUCUGUAUUGGUGUGUGUGUGUGUGUGUGUGUGUGUGUGUGUGUGUGUGUAUAUUAACUGUGUGAUAGGUGUGUGAGAAGGAAAAGGGUCCAUAGAAUAACAAAUCAAAAAGUUUGUUUGUUUAGUUUUAUCAAACCAAUGGAAAAAAAAUAUAUAAGUUAUUAACGUGAUAUGUUUUCAUUAUUUUAAAAAAGUCUAAUAUAAAUUGCACCAGUCAACGUUAGGGGUAGAAAUGCCUCACACUUCACCUUAUUGCAGGGAGUAUUUCAAUAUGAAUUCAAUUGCAGUAUGUUUUGACACCGUUAGCGUGCCACACUUCUGUGCCAGUAAUUAUCUGUCGUAUUAUAAGAAAGCGUGAUGCAUCUUGAGUUCGGGCACAUUCGCACAAGAGAGAAAACAUGCAGGGCUGUUGAGGUGUUUCUAGCGUCUGAAUGCAACAUUGCCGUAACAGUGACACCACACAUUUAAAAAUCUCCGAAGUCUGCGACUUCUCAGUGUUUAUGUACUCAGUAUGUAUAAAUCUGCUUUCUACAAAAAUACGAUUGUAACGCUGUGCUGAGAGUGCCAAGCUGUUUAUACAUAUAGUGAAAUGACAUGGCUGUUAAAUUCAUAGGUUGGCAUUUUUGUUCAACUGGUAUCAUACUCAGUGCCGGCUUAUCCAGGAUAUAACUUUGAUUUUAUGUUUAAAAACAUAUUCAAAAUGUAAUGUAGGUCAGUUUUUCUUUCAGCUAUCAGUGGCAUUUCAAGUUAAAAGUGUACUGUAAUGAACUCCAGUUAUUUCACUGCCACCUAUAAAUCCGUUUUGUAUUUAUUUUUAUGGCUGUAUUAUUAAAGCAGCAUCAUGACAAUGCAAGCUACAUUAUAAAGAUUUUGUGCUGGUAGUUAGUCUUUAGUGGUGCUGCAGGUCAGAUGUGGUCAGAGUGAAGCGGUUUGAUUCAAAGGAUGCUGUGAACCAGUGACGCAGAUUUUGUUUAUCUUCAUUAAUUAUGCCUUUUUUGUUUUCAGUUGAGCUUGGCUCGUUGUGUUACUAUUGUCAGCCUUUUUAAUGCAUUAUUACGGGGGAACAUAAAGUCAUUCUUAAAGAAAAAAAAAGCCA